UUGACGACAGACCUUCUGUUAACCCACUGGUCGACUGCAUGCGGAGGGCCUUCAAUGAGACCGAGUUAAGCGAUUUCAGAUUCAAAAUCGACAAUAAGUUCAUAUACGCGCACAAAGCCAUUCUGCGGAUCCGCUGUGAGCACUUCCGGUCCAUGUUUUCCGAGCACUGGUCUGAAUCAGAGACAUCUGAAAUAGAGAUCAAUAUAUACUCGUAUAACGUCUACUAUUCAUUCAUUAAAUACAUUUACACUAAUUGUGUGGACAUCGGUCUGGAGGACGCCAUUGAACUCUACGAUUUGGCCAAUUCUUACUGCGAGGACGACCUCAGAGACAAAUGCUCUCUAAAUAUCAAAAAUCAUAUCUCAGUGCAAAACGCGUUCGCAUUGUACUCAUCGGCAGUAAAAUACAAUUCACAAGAAUUGGAGAACUUUUGUCUCAAGUUUGCGGCAAAUAAUUUGAAUGACGUCUGCCCGACGGCCGGCUUUGAU